AUGGCAUCUCGGAUCCCCCCGUCUCUUGUUGGAUCUGCGCGCCGCGCUAACCUCUUGAAGUCGUGGCGGCACGCGAUCGCAGUGCGCGUGGGACGCUUCAACGAGGAAGAGCAGUGCGCUAUGCGCUCCCCCCGUGCGUCGCUCGGCUUCUCCCCUCUGCGACCCAAGCCCGUGGCUAAGCCGCCCAGCAAGAAGCCCAGGCCCAGGGAUGUGAUGGGUACCGCUGCUGCUGUGAAGCCCAGAGCAGUGCAGAGCGGUCAAGCGACCGUCGCAGCUGCAGCAACCAAAGCCACGCCAGCUAGUAAGGCGACUUCAUUGAAUGCAACACCAGCUAAGGCGACCCCAGCUAAGGCGUCGCCAGCUAAGGUGACACCAGUUACGGCGAUGCCAGCUAAGGCGACGCCAGCUAAGGUGACGCCAGUUAAGGUGACCCCAGCCAAGCUGUCGCCAGCUAAGGCGACGCCAGCCAAGGCGACUGCCGCAGGAGGUGUGAUGGCUGCAGGUGCAAGCAGCCCAGCAGCAGCACCAGCAGUACCAGCAGCAGCCGGUCCCCACACUUCUAAGGCCGGUGUAGUUGGCGCAAGUGGAAUUCCGAGACCUCCAAGCAGUGCGUCAACAAGGAGGGCCGCAGUAGGAGCGGCGUCAAGUGGUAUUCCCAAGCCAGGAAAGGGUGUUGUGGGAGAGAUGGGAGGAGAGGUGGAGGAAUGUGGUGAGCUGGAAUGGGGAUGCAUGGCAUGA